AUGUUGUUCAAAAAUGACAAGUCUUACGUUGAUCUCUCCCUUGAGCUCUCCGACGAGAUCGAUUGGCAAGCUGGUACUCUGAGGCAUGUCCGCCAUCAUCUUAACGUCACGGCCCUUGCUACAGAGCCUGUCUCAGGACUGCUUGCAGCUGGCUUUCUCUCUGGUCAGAUCGUCGUGUAUGGUUCUCCUGGUGCCGAAUGUACUCUGCGUCUCUCGGAUCCACCAGGAGCACGGGCGAGCUUCCUCAGCUUUGCAGAGACGUUGUUCCGAUUACUCUGUGUUGACGACCGCUAUCGCCUACACAUAUGGGAUCUAUCAACGUUAGGCAAACCUAAACUACUCAAGGUGGUGCACCUACCUCAAACUGUCAAGUGA